CCGAGCGGGCAGCAGCGGGGCCGGAGCCGGCCGAGGCGGCGGCGGCGUCGCGGGCCGGGCCGCUCAGCGCCCGCCGCGGUGCCCGCCUGGUGCCCGGCCGCCGCCAGGCCCGGCGCCCUCGGGAAUAAUCCACGUCUCCUCGUCUGCUUCAGGAAGAAAGUGCCUGCAGUUCCUGCUCUUCCCGCCCAGUUUAUGCCAGCGUGGGCCACCCCGCCAGUUGGAGCCCAGAUUUCAAGUCUUGAGUGAAAUACCGUCGGGGGAAUGGCCCCGCUUGUGGUCAGACAUUCAGAACCCGUUAUCCGAGGAAGUCCCUGAAGGAUUGCGAGUGUCUCUCGCCCGGCCGCCAAGAUGAACAUGGUGAAGAGGAUCAUGGGGCGCCCGCGGCAGGAGGAGUGCAGCCCGCAGGACAACGCCCUGGGCCUCAUGCACCUGCGCCGGCUCUUCACCGAGCUGUGCCACCCGCCGCGCCACAUGGCGCAGAAGGAGCAGGAGGAGAAGCUGUACAUGAUGCUGCCGGUGUUCAACAGGGUCUUUGGAAACGCUCCGCCAAAUACGAUGACAGAAAAAUUUUCUGACCUUCUGCAGUUCACAACACAAGUCUCACGACUGAUGGUGACAGAGAUUCGAAGGAGAGCAUCAAACAAAUCCACAGAAGCUGCAAGUCGGGCCAUAGUUCAGUUCCUGGAAAUCAAUCAGAGCGAAGAAGCCAGCAGAGGUUGGAUGCUUCUGACAACAAUUAACCUGUUAGCAUCCUCUGGCCAGAAAACCGUGGACUGCAUGACGACGAUGUCCGUGCCUUCCACCCUGGUUAAAUGUUUAUAUCUGUUUUUUGACCUUCCACAUGUGCCUGAGGCGGCUGGAGGUGCCCAGAAUGAGCUACCUCUAGCAGAACGUCGGGGGCUGCUCCAGAAGGUGUUCGUACAGAUCUUAGUGAAGCUCUGCAGCUUCGUUUCUCCGGCAGAGGAACUGGCUCAGAAGGAUGAUCUCCAGCUUUUAUUCAGUGCAAUAACCUCUUGGUGCCCUCCCUACAAUCUGCCGUGGAGGAAGAGCGCGGGGGAGGUCCUCAUGACCAUCUCCCGACACGGCCUCAGUGUCAACGUGGUGAAGUACAUCCAUGAAAAAGAAUGUUUAUCUACGUGUGUUCAAAAUAUGCAGCAGUCGGAUGACCUGUCUCCCCUCGAAAUUGUUGAAAUGUUUGCUGGGCUUUCCUGCUUCCUCAAAGAUUCCAGUGAUGUUUCUCAGACGCUAUUGGAUGAUUUUAGGAUAUGGCAAGGGUACAAUUUCCUCUGUGAUCUCUUACUCAGAUUGGAACAAGCGAAAGAGGCGGAAUCCAAAGACGCCCUGAAGGACCUGGUGAAUCUGAUCACGUCGCUGACCACGUAUGGCGUCAGCGAGCUCAAGCCGGCGGGAGUGACCACGGGGGCGCCCUUCCUGCUGCCCGGCUUCGCCGUGCCCCAGCCCGCGGGCAAAGGUCACAGUGUGAGAAACAUCCAGGCCUUUGCAGUGCUCCAGAACGCAUUUUUAAAAGCAAAAACCCACUUCCUUGCCCAGAUCAUCCUUGAUGCCAUAACAAAUAUUUACAUGGCCGACAGUGCCAAUUAUUUCAUCCUCGAGUCCCAACAUACACUGUCCCAGUUCGCAGAGAAGAUUUCCAAACUCCCAGAAGUACAAAGCAAAUACUUUGAGAUGCUAGAGUUUGUCGUUUUUAGCUUAAAUUAUAUCCCUUGUAAAGAACUCAUUAGCGUUAGCAUUCUCUUAAAGUCCAGCUCUUCCUACCAUUGUAGCAUCAUUGCCAUGAAGACACUGCUCAAGUUUACACGACACGACUAUAUCUUUAAAGAUGUGUUUAGGGAGGUGGGUCUUCUGGAAGUCAUGGUCAACCUUUUGCACAAAUAUGCUGCCCUCUUGAAGGAUCCAACUCAGGCACUCAACGAGCAAGGGGACUCCAGAAACAACAGCUCAGCCGAAGACCAAAAGCACCUGGCGCUGCUGGUGAUGGAGACCUUGACGGCUCUGCUCCAGGGCUCCCACACGAACGCAGGGAUUUUUCGAGAAUUCGGAGGUGCCAGGUGUGCACAUAAUAUCGUGCGGUACCCGCAGUGCCGGCAGCACGCGCUGCUCACCAUCCAGCAGCUGGUGCUCUCGCCCAACGGGGACGACGACAUGGGCACGCUGCUGGGACUCAUGCACUCCGCCCCACCCACCGAGUUGCAGCUGAAGACUGACAUUUUAAGAGCGCUCCUGUCGGUCCUGCGGGAGAGCCACCGUUCGAGGACCGUUUUCCGGAAGGUGGGCGGGUUCGUGUACAUCACCUCCCUGCUGGUCGCCAUGGAGAGGUCUCUGAGCUCGCCCCCCAAGAACGGCUGGGAGAAGGUGAACCAGAACCAGGUGUUCGAGCUGCUGCACACCGUCUUCUGCACGCUGACGGCCGCCAUGCGCUACGAGCCGGCCAACUCGCACUUCUUCCGCACCGAGAUCCAGUACGAGAAGCUGGCCGACGCCGUGCGCUUCCUCGGCUGCUUCUCGGACCUGCGCAAGAUCGGCGCCAUGAACGUCUUCCCCUCCAACACGCAGCCCUUCCAGCGGCUGCUGGAGGACGACGUGAUCCUCAUGGACUCCGUGUCGCCCACUCUGCGGCACUGCAGCAAGCUCUUCAUUUACCUCUACCGAGUGGCCACCGACUCCUUCGACAGUCGUGCAGAGCAGAUCCCUCCCUGCCUGACAAGUGAGUCUUCUCUCCCCUCUCCUUGGGGCACCCCAGCCUUGUCCAGGAAAAGGCACGCCUAUCAUUCCGUCUCAACCCCUCCCGUCUAUCCUGCUAAAAACACGGGUGACCUGAAAGUGCACGCGGCCACGUCGUCUCUCCCGAGCUCGGACGCCGUCAUCAUCCACCCGGGUGCCAUGCUCGCCAUCCUGGACCUGCUGGCCUCCGUGGGGUCCGCCACCCAGCCGGAACACGCGCUGGACCUGCAGCUGGCCGUGGCGAACAUCCUGCAGUCGCUGGUGCACACGGAGCGGAACCAGCAGGUCAUGUGCGAGGCGGGUCUGCACGCGCGCCUGCUGCAGCGCUGCAGCGCGGCCCUGGCCGACGAGGACCACGCGCUGCACCCGCCCCUGCAGCGCAUGUUCGAGCGCUUGGCGUCGCAGGCCCUGGAGCCCAUGGUGCUGAGGGAGUUUUUGCGUUUGGCGAGUCCAUUAAAUUGCGGUGCGUGGGACAAAAGACUGCUGAAGCAAUACAGGGUCCACAAGCCCAGUUCCCUGAGUUACGAGCCAGAGAUGAGAAGUAGUAUGAUCACAUCCAUGGAAGGUCUGGGUUCUGAUAAUGUUUUCAGCUUACACGAAGACAACCAUUACCGGAUAAGCAAGAGCCUGGUAAAAUCCGCCGAAGGGAGCACCGUGCCCCUGACCAGGGUGAAGUGUCUGGUUUCCAUGACAACCCCACAUGACAUCAGACUUCACGGACCCUCGGUCACUCCAGCCUUUGUUGAAUUUGACACAUCCCUCGAAGGGUUUGGCUGCCUGUUCCUGCCCAGCUUGGCACCUCACAAUGCCCCUACGAAUAACGCCGUCACAACGGGGCUCACGGAUGGCGCAGUGGUCAGCGGCAUUGGCUCUGGUGAAAGGUUCUUCCCCCCUCCCUCUGGCCUCAGCUACUCGAGCUGGUUUUGCAUCGAACACUUCAGCUCUCCUCCCAAUCACCACCCCGUCAGACUCCUCACCGUGGUCCGCCGGGCCAGUUCCUCGGAGCAGCACUAUGUGUGUCUGGCUGUCCUGCUGUCCGCCAAGGACCGGUCUCUCAUCGUGUCCACCAGGGAGGAGCUGCUGCAGAACUAUGUCGACGAUUUCAGCGAAGAGUCAUCUUUCUAUGAGAUCCUCCCGUGCUGUGCGCGCUUCCGCUGCGGAGAGCUGAUCGUGGAGGGCCAGUGGCACCACCUGGUCCUGGUCAUGAGCAAGGGCAUGCUGAAGAACAGCACCGCCACCCUCUACCUCGACGGCCAGCUCGUCAGCACUGUGAAGCUUCAUUACGUCCACAGCACUCCAGGGGGCUCCGGCUCAGCGAAUCCGCCAGUGGUCAGCUCGGUGUACGCGUACAGUGGGACCCCGCCGGCGCAGCGCCAGAUGGCAUCGCUGGUCUGGCGCCUGGGACCCACGCAUUUUCUGGAAGAAGUCCUGCCCCCUUCCAGUGUGACUACCAUUUAUGAACUCGGACCAAAUUACGUGGGAAGCUUCCAGGCUGUGUGCAUGCCCUGCAAAGAUGCCAAAUCUGAAGGUAUCGUCCCUUCGCCUGUGUCCUUGGUCCCGGAGGAGAAGGUGUCAUUCGGCCUCUAUGCGCUCUCCGUCUCGUCCCUGACCGUGGCGAGAAUCCGCAAGGUGUACAACAAGCUGGACAGCAAAGCCAUCGCGAAGCAGUUAGGCAUUUCCUCCCACGAGAACGCCACGCCCGUGAAGUUCAUCCACAACGCCGCCGGCCACCUCAACGGGCCCGCCCGCACCAUCGGGGCCGCGCUCAUCGGCUACCUGGGGGUAAGGACAUUUGUCCCUAAGCCCGUCGCCACUACUCUGCAGUACAUCGGCGGGGCGGCGGCCAUCCUGGGUCUGGUGGCCAUGGCCUCGGACGUGGAAGGGCUCUACGCGGCGGUCAAGGCCCUCGUGUGCGUGGUCAAGAGCAACCCCCUGGCCAGCAAGGAGAUGGAGAGGAUCCGGGGUUAUCAGCUGCUGGCGAUGCUGCUGAAGAAGAAGCGUUCCCUUCUCAACAGCCACAUCCUCCACCUCACCUUCUCCCUGGUGGGCACUGUCGAUAGCGGCCACGAGACCUCCAUCAUUCCCAACUCCACUGCCUUCCAGGACCUGCUGUGUGAUUUUGAGGUCUGGCUGCACGCGCCGUACGAACUUCACCUUUCCUUAUUCGAACACUUCAUUGAACUGCUCACGGAAUCCAGUGAAGCUUCGAAGAAUGCCAAGCUGAUGAGGGAGUUCCAGCUGAUCCCCAAGCUGCUCCUGACGCUCCGAGAUAUGUCCUUAUCCCAGCCCACCAUCGCCGCCAUCAGUAACGUGCUGAGCUUCUUGCUCCAGGGAUUCCCCAACAGCAACGAUCUUCUCAGGUUUGGCCAGUUUAUUUCUUCUACUUUACCAACCUUUGCAGUUUGUGAAAAAUUUGUAGUUAUGGAGAUAAACAAUGAAGAAAAGCUUGAAGUUGGUACUGAAGAAGAGUUUGGAGGCCUUGUGUCAGCUAAUCUUAUACUUCUGAGGAACAGGCUUCUAGAUAUCUUGCUAAAAUUAAUUUAUACAUCUAAAGAAAAGACAAGUAUUAAUUUGCAAGCGUGUGAGGAGCUGGUGAGGACCCUGGGUUUCGACUGGAUCAUGAUGUUCAUGGAGGAGCACCUGCACUCCAGCACCGUCACCGCGGCCCUGAGGAUUCUCGUGGUCCUGCUGAGCAAUCAGUCGAUCCUCAUCAAGUUCAAGGAGGGACUCAGUGGUGGAGGCUGGCUGGAGCAGACGGAUUCUGUCUUGACGAAUAAGAUCGGGACUGUGUUAGGUUUCAACGUGGGCAGGAGCGCCGGCGGCCGGUCCACGGUGCGGGAGAUUAACCGGGACGCUUGCCACUUCCCCGGCUUCCCGCUGCUGCAGUCGCUCCUGCCCAAGCACACCAACGUCCCCGCCCUCUACUUCCUCCUCAUGGCCCUGUUCCUGCAGCAGCCCGUGAGCGAGCUGCCCGAGAAGCUGCAGGUCAGUGCUCCCGUCAGCAGCGGCCGCUGCAAGCAGGGCUGCCAGUUCGAUCUGGAUUCCAUCUGGACGUUCAUCUUCGGGGUUCCCGCCUCCAGCGGGCCCGUGGUCUCCUCCAUCCACAACGUCUGCACAGAGGCCGCUUUUCUCCUGCUGGGGAUGCUCCGAAGCAUGCUGAAUUCACCGUGGCAGUCGGAGGAGGAGGGCUCGUGGCUCCGGGAGUACCCUGUGACGCUGAUGCAGUUCUUCCGCUACCUGUACCACAACGUGCCCGACCUGGCCUCCAUGUGGAUGAGCCCGGACUUCCUGUGCGCCCUGGCCGCCACCGUCUUCCCCUUCAACAUCCGCCCGUACUCAGAGAUGGUCACGGACCUUGAUGACGAAGUGGGAUCUCCGGCGGAGGAGUUUAAAGCCUUCGCUGCAGAUUCGGGAAUGAACAGAAGCCAGUCCGAGUACUGCAACGUGGGCACCAAGACCUACCUGACCAAUCACCCGGCUAAAAAGUUCGUGUUUGACUUCAUGCGGGUCCUAAUAAUAGACAACCUCUGCCUCACCCCCGCCAGCAAACAGACGCCGCUGAUUGAUCUCUUGUUGGAGGCUUCCCCUGAGAGAUCUACAAGAACUCAGCAAAAGGAAUUCCAGACCUACAUUUUGGACAGCGUGAUGGACCACUUGCUCGCAGCUGAUGUGUUAUUGGGGGAAGACGCGUCUCUGCCGAUCACCAGCGGAGGGAGCUACCAGGUGCUGGUGAACAACGUGUUUUAUUUCACGCAACGUGUGGUGGACAAGCUUUGGCAAGGCAUGUUCAACAAGGAAUCGAAGCUUCUCAUAGAUUUUAUCAUUCAGCUAAUCGCACAGUCGAAAAGAAGAUCGCAGGGGCUGUCACUGGACGCGGUUUACCACUGCCUCAAUAGGACCAUCUUGUACCAGUUCUCCCGGGCACACAAGACGGUGCCCCAGCAGGUCGCUCUCCUGGACUCCCUCAGGGCCCUCACGGUGAACAGGAACUUGAUCCUGGGCCCUGGCAACCACGACCAGGAGUUCAUUAGCUGCCUGGCGCACUGCUUGAUUAAUCUUCACGUUGGAAGCAACGUGGACGGGUUUGGACUGGAAGCAGAGGCCCGCAUGACCACUUGGCACAUUAUGAUCCCUUCUGACAUCGAGCCGGACGGAGGUUACAGCCAAGAUAUUAGUGAAGGGCGGCAGCUUCUCAUGAAAGCCGUCAACAGGGUCUGGACUGAGCUGAUCCACAGUAAGAAGCAGGCCUUGGAGGAGCUCUUCCGGGUCACGCUGCCCGUGAACGACAGGGGCCACGUGGAUAUCGCCAUCGCCAAGCCGCUCAUUGAGGAAGCGGGUCUGAAGUGCUGGCAGAACCAUCUGGCCCAUGAGAAGAAAUGCAUAAGUCGAGGAGAAGCCUUAGUGCCCACCACUCAAUCCAAAUUGUCCCGGGUCAGCAGCGGGUUCGGCCUCUCCAAGUUAACGGGGUCGCGGAGGAACCGGAAGGACAGCGGGCUGCACAAGCACAGCCUCUCCACACAGGAGAUCUCCCAGUGGAUGUUCACACACAUCGCUGUUGUCCGAGACCUAGUGGACACACAGUACAAGGAGUACCAAGAGCGCCAGCAGAACGCCCUCAAGUACGUGACGGAGGAGUGGUGCCAGAUCGAGUACGAGCUGCUGCGCGAGCGCGGGCUCUGGGGGCCCCCCAUCGGCUCCCACCUGGACAAGUGGAUGCUGGAGAUGACCGAAGGGCCCUGCAGGAUGCGGAAGAAGAUGGUGCGCAACGACAUGUUCUACAACCAUUACCCCUACGUGCCGGAAGCAGAGCAGGAGGCGAACGUGGCGUCUGAGAUCCCAAGUAAACAGCCCGAGACCACUGAUGAUAUCAUUCCUCAAAAGAAGCCCGCGCGGUACCGGAGGGCCGUGAGCUACGACAGCAAGGAGUACUACAUGCGCCUUGCCUCGGGCAACGCGGCCUUCGUCCAGGAUGCCAUCGUGGAGAGCUCGGAGGGAGAAGCCGCCCAGCAAGAGCCGGAGCACGGGGAGGAUGCCAUCGCUAAGGUCAAAGGCCUGGUCAAGCCACCUCUGAAACGGUCUCGAUCAGCACCUGAUGGCGGAGAUGAGGAAAACCAAGAGCAGCUCCAGGACCAGAUUGCCGAGGGCAACUCGAUAGAGGAGGAGGAGAAGACGGACAACACCACCUUAUUGCGCCUCUUGGAGGAAGGAGAAAAGAUCCAGCAUAUGUACCGCUGUGCGCGCGUCCAGGGCCUCGACACCAGCGAAGGCCUGCUGCUCUUUGGGAAAGAACAUUUUUACGUCAUCGAUGGAUUUACAAUGACAGCAACCAGGGAAAUCAGAGACAUCGAAACCUUACCUCCAAACAUGCAUGAGCCCAUCAUCCCCAGAGGAGCCCGGCAGAGCCCCAGCCAGCUCAAGAGAACAUGCAGCAUCUUCGCGUAUGAAGACAUCCGGGAGGUGCACAAGAGGAGGUAUCUCCUGCAGCCUAUUGCCGUGGAAGUUUUCUCUGGAGACGGACGGAAUUACCUGCUGGCUUUCCAGAAAGGCGUUCGAAACAAAGUCUAUCAGAGGUUUCUGGCUGUAGUUCCGUCUCUGACAGACAGCUCGGAGUCUGUGUCCGGACAACGGCCAAACACGAGCGUGGAACAGGGAUCUGGGUUGCUGAGCACUUUAGUUGGAGAGAAGUCUGUGACCCAGAGAUGGGAGAGAGGUGAAAUCAGCAACUUCCAGUAUCUGAUGCACUUGAACACUUUGGCCGGCAGGUCGUACAAUGACCUCAUGCAGUACCCCGUCUUCCCCUGGAUCCUCGCAGACUACGACUCAGAGGAGGUGGAUCUUAAUAAUCCCAAGACAUUCAGAAACCUGGCGAAGCCCAUGGGCGCACAGACGGAUGAGCGGUUAGCUCAGUAUAAGAAACGGUACAAAGACUGGGAAGACCCCAACGGAGAGACGCCCGCCUACCACUACGGGACCCACUACUCGUCGGCGAUGAUCGUCGCGUCCUACCUGGUCCGGAUGGAGCCUUUCACGCAGAUCUUCCUGAGGCUCCAGGGCGGCCACUUCGACUUGGCUGAUCGCAUGUUCCACAGCGUCCGAGAGGCCUGGUACUCGGCAUCGAAGCACAACAUGGCCGACGUCAAAGAGCUCAUCCCCGAAUUCUUUUACCUGCCAGAGUUCCUGUUCAACUCCAAUAACUUCGAUCUAGGCUGUAAACAGAACGGCACCAAGCUCGGCGACGUGAUCCUUCCGCCCUGGGCCAAGGGGGACCCCCGGGAGUUCAUCCGAGUGCACCGAGAGGCACUGGAGUGCGACUACGUGAGCGCGCACCUGCACGAGUGGAUCGACCUCAUCUUCGGCUACAAGCAGCAGGGCCCGGCCGCCGUGGAGGCGGUAAAUGUAUUCCACCACCUCUUCUACGAGGGCCAGGUGGACAUCUACAACAUCAACGACCCGCUCAAGGAGACCGCCACCAUCGGCUUCAUCAACAACUUCGGCCAGAUCCCCAAGCAGCUGUUUAAGAAGCCGCACCCACCCAAGCGAGUGAGGAGCCGGCUCGCCGGGGACAGUGCCGGGCUCUCCCUCCCGCCAGGGCCCACGGGCGACAAGAUCUUCUUCCACCACCUGGACAACUUGAGGCCUUCGCUGACGCCCGUGAAAGAACUGAAGGAGCCCGUGGGCCAGAUCGUGUGCACGGACAAGGGCAUCCUGGCCGUGGAGCAGAGCAAGGUGCUCAUCCCGCCCGCCUGGAACAGGACCUUCGCCUGGGGCUACGCGGACCUCAGCUGCCGGCUGGGCACCUACGAGUCAGACAAGGCCGUGACCGUCUACGAGUGCUUAUCCGAGUGGGGGCAGAUCCUGUGCGCCAUCUGCCCCAACCCCCGGCUGGUGGUGACGGGCGGCACGAGCACGGUGGUGUGCGUGUGGGAGAUGGGCACGUCCAAGGAGAAGGCCAAGAGCCUCACCCUCAAGCAGGCCCUGCUGGGUCACACAGACACGGUCACCUGUGCCACCGCGUCCCUCGCCUACCACAUCAUCGUCAGCGGCUCCCGAGACCGCACCUGCAUCAUCUGGGACCUCAACAAGCUGUCGUUCCUCACCCAGCUCCGCGGCCACCGCGCACCUGUGUCUGCCCUCUGCAUCAAUGAGCUCACAGGCGACAUCGUGUCCUGUGCGGGCACCCACAUCCAUGUGUGGAGCAUCAACGGGAACCCGGUGGUGAGCGUCAACACCUUCACGGGCCGGAGCCAGCAGAUCGUGUGCUGCUGCGUGUCCGAGAUGAACGAGUGGGACACGCAGAACGUCAUCGUCACCGGCCACUCGGACGGCGUGGUGCGGUUCUGGAGGAUGGAGUUCCUGCAGGUGCCCGAGACACCAGCCCCUGAGCCUGUCGAAGCCGAUGAGAUGCAGGACGACUGUCCCGAAGCACAAAUAGGGCACGAAGCCCAGGACGAGGACAGCAGCGACUCGGAGGCGGAGGAGCAGAGCGUCGGGCCCGACCCCAAGGAGGGCGGCAGCCAGCCGAGCAGCGGGGGCCACCGGCCCCGGGCAGCCUCGUGCCGCGCGACCGCCGCCUGGUGCACGGACCGCGGCUCGGACGAGUCCCGGCGCUGGUCGGACCAGCUCAGCCUGGACGAGAAGGACGGCUUCAUCUUCGUCAACUACUCGGAGGGGCCCCUGAGCCACCCGCACCCGAACCCCAUCGAGGCGCGGAACUACAGCCGGCUGAAGCCAGGGUACCGGUGGGAGCGGCAGCUGGUGUUCCGGAGUAAGCUCACCAUGCACACGGCCUUCGACCGCAAGGACAACGCGCAUCCUGCCGAGAUCACCGCACUGGGCGUCUCCAAGGACCACAGCCGGAUCCUCGUGGGCGACAGCCGGGGCCGCGUGUUCAGCUGGUCCGUGAGCGACCAGCCGGGCCGCUCGGCGGCUGACCACUGGGUGAAGGACGAGGGCGGGGACAGCUGCUCGGGCUGCGCCGUGCGCUUCUCGCUCACCGAGCGGCGGCACCACUGCAGGAACUGCGGGCAGCUCUUCUGCCAGAAGUGCAGUCGGUUCCAGUCGGAAAUCAAGCGCUUGAAAAUCUCCUCUCCCGUGCGCGUCUGCCAGAACUGUUACUACAACCUGCAGCACGAGCGGGGUGCAGAAGACGGGCCCCGGAAUUGUUGAUUCGACCCGGCGGGUUGGAGCCCGAGCCUGGGUCCCGCGCGUGCUGCCGGAGGGCCUCCCCCGCCCCAGUCUCCGUUUACAUGUCUCUUCACGGCGCGUGAGGGCAUCGUUGUGCAGCUGGCGGUGGUGCGCGCGGGGCGCACAGCACAAGACACACCUGAGGGGGCUCCUCGACCAGGCAGCGCGUCCAUACCUGCUCCUCCCUCCGGGCAUCACUGGGCCCAGAGCAAACCCUCACUCCCCACUCUCUUUUUCUCGCGUCUCAUUUUUGUAGAAGUUCCUCAUUGUUUUUUGGAAAAACCAACACCAACCCACCAAAAAGAAAAAAAAAAAAAACAAGAAAAAAAAAAGGCUUUUAGAAAAUGGUUGUAAAUCUGACUUCUUUGCAAGGAACUGUGUAUAUUGUAAAUAGGUAUAAAGGCCUUUUUUUUUUUUCCUAAAGAAGGACUUAACUGCUUGUAACACGAGACUUCAAACGAAACCACUAACUCGAUGAACUCCCUACAGUUUGUCUGACACCUCUCACUCACUAAUUAUAAAUAUGUUUUUUUAAAUCCUCCAAGACAUUAUCUGUGGUCUUUUUUUUCCGCCCCCCCCCCCUCCCAGCCCAGCCCGAGUGCCCGACGCCCUUUCUCUCGCGGGGCUCAGUGUCUGCGUGUCAGCUAGGCUAGUAACCAAAAACCUACGGACCUUCUCUAGGAAACGGUGUGGGAGAGUGAGCGUCCGGAAACGUUUGGGCAUCUUGCACCCGGCAGUACACCACCUCAGUGUUGUUCUUCCGUCCCAGGCCCCAGGAGACCCCCGUGUGGACUGAUGCUUGGCCGUUAGCGGCCGCCCUGGCAGUGCCCGGAGCGGGAGAGACGACGGCCACGGAGCAGGACGCAGCCCUGCCUCAGCUACUGGGAACAUUUUGCAUGUAACCCAAAUUAGCUUCUCUCGCAUAGAGCAUAAGAAGUGUGUGUCUCUGUCCACACUAACGUUCUACUCUCGCUUAUUUUCCAAAAAAAGGAUGACAAAAAAAAAAAAUUUAAAAAGAAACGAGUGUACAGAACUAACCGAUAGACCUUGUUGUAAAACUGGAUCAUGUCAGAACUGCUUCAGAAAUCAACCUUGACCACUUAAUGCCAUCUACCUGAAAACAGUGAGAUUUAUACUGUAUCAAUGUCUAUUUUUUUGUUUUUGCUAUGAAUAUAAUUACAGUAUUUUAAUAUUUAGUUAUUUAAUUUGUUCUACGAGUUGGAUACAGAACACGCAAAUCCAGGGAGACUGAAAUAGCUGCUGGGGGCUGAGAGAUGGUUCCGUUUACAGAGGACAGGCUUUGGGGGUGGAAUUUUUUUAAAUGUGUGUUAUGUACAUAUAUAUACAUAUAUAUAUAUAAAGAAAAUGAAACAAUUAAUCUAGAUUUUAACAUUUUCAGAUAUUUAGUGAUGAUAUUAUGAGCAAUUCUAAAAGCCCUGUGAUCUGAAACGUGUCGACUCCUUGGUGGCCGAGAGAGGACCGACGUUGCACGACGGAAGCCAUCCAGGAGCGCGGCGGCUUCUCCUUUCCCGACCCUCCAUCUCUAGGUCCUGGUGACAGGCACCCUUAUGCACUAAAAUGCACAGAUAUGCACACGCAUCCUUACGGAUAUAUCCAGAACGACUAGGCAUUGGUAUAGCAGUAAUCUCGUACCUAACGGGCUGAAACCAGCUUCAGGGCGGAUUUGUUCUUCCUGAUAUCUAGGUCUCCAAGAGAAGACUCUAAAGGCUGCUUAGUGCCUUAUGCUGACUAAAUUCAAACCUUUCUUUACCGAAGGUGUGAGCCUCCAGUCUCUUUAUGAUCACAUAUCAAAAUUGAUUCCAACACUUCCAUUUCAAAAGGUCCAGGUGUCCUCGAUAACAGAAGGAUGAUUGGCAUGAACGCUUUAACUGGAAGACAAGUUGUGUUCUGGUUUCCUUUCUGGGUCUCCCUCCUCCCCGGGAUCCCUUGCUCCCCCACCACCACCACCAUCGAUCUGUUCCGAGAAAUCGUGCUGACGUUCGUCCAAGCGUUCUCGGGAACCGUGGGCUCUGCCCCCCGGCACGGGGGGGUGUAGCAGUGUUAUUCUACACUUUUUCAAAGAAGCGUCCUCCUUUCGUUCUUGAAUCAUGUUUACCCCAAACCCAAUGGCAGAGGUGUUCUUUAGAGACUUGAAUAUAUGAAUGUGUGUCUAGUGACUUCCGGGUUAUUCCUCUGUGUAAUGAUGAAGUUUUACGGGAUGAACACUUCUAAACUUUCCAACGCAACUUCCGUAACUAGAAGGUGGAAACCAAAACUUUCCUCAGAGUAUUUUCCUCUGGCAGCUGGUUCUGUGGGCAACUGUCUCAUGUGGUGGGGUUCCUUUCCAUUUUUGCUUCAGAGCAGAAAUCACCGAUCACUCACACAUCCACGCACUCACCUACGUGUAGAAGCUGUUGCUCAGGCUCUCUGUCCCAUGGAAUUAUGUCUACCAACAAAUAUUCUCAGCAUGUACAUCCACCUUUGUGUGGUCUCCGUUCUUCGAGAGUACCUCACGGGACUUCUGCCUGACCUGUGUAGUUCAUUCAUUCAUGCCGCCAGCCAGCCACCCAUCCGUCUGUCCGUCUGUCCACCCAUCCAUCCACCCAUCCAUCCAUGCAUUUAUUCAUCCGGGUCUUUUAACAUUUCUGUAUCGUCCGCGGCUGUAGUGUCACGCUUUGGAAGAGAAGAGCUGCCGUCACAACCAUCUGUCUGGGUAAUAGCAACUCUCUAGAUAAGUUAUUUUGCACUUUCUUAUGUAUAAAGUUGGUAGAAACUUAUUUUUUGCUUUGUAUCAUUUAAAUACAUUUUGUUUUGGUAAAUGAAGUGUGUAUAAAAUAUUUAUGCCGUUAAAACUGUUUUUAGAAAGUAUUUUUAAUUUCAGCAAGUUUGGUUACUUGUUGCAUGACUAUUAACACAGCUGACUUUUUGUGUCAGUGCAAUGUAUAUUUUUUUUGUCCUGUUAUUAACUUGUAAGCCCUAGUAAUGGCCAAUUAUUUGUACAGCAACAGAAGUAAAUUGAAGAUACUGGCUAAGACUGAAUUGAUUGUGGACUUUUGUACUAUAUUGCAGAACCCCAUAUCCGUUCUUUGGCGGUGAUGUGAAAGGCCUGAAGAAUUACUAUAGUGUGCAACUGUGAUAAUUGAAUGUUUAUUGUAUAUCUGUCUCUGAUGCAAAAAAAAAGGUAGAGUAACACAAUUACAUGAUUAAAUGCAAUAGUCCAGGUACUUUUUUUCAUUUUAAAUAAACACCUACUAUUUACCA